AUGAGAAGAAGACUAUUCACGAGAGACAGACUACUUAAGUUCAACUUAGUGGAUGAGACCACUUGUGUACUUUGCAAAACUGAUAUUGAAACUCAUGAUCACUUGUUCUUUAAUUGCUGUUAUAGUGCUGUGAUUCUGAAACAGGUUAUGCAGUGGCUCGGCUGUAAUUUCCAGACCCGCUCGUUGCAACACCUUCUACAAAAAGGAUGGAACAUAAAGGGAAACACAUUGAAGAAGCUCACGGUCUUGGUGGCUAUUGCAGCCACGGUGUAUGCAAUCUGGAAGCUCAGGAAUGAUAUAAUCUGGAGGCACAAAGAUGCAACAACCGCAGCACAGAUGAUUGAUCAUAUCAAGUGGAUCGUGAAGAAUAGAAUGCUCCAAUUGUGUAAUGAUAAUUAUAGACAUAUAGACUGGCUCAAAGCUUUGUAA